GGAAGUCUGUGCUGUUCGGUCAAUGCCGCGAAAAGUAUAACUGUGGCAGACUAGAGAGAUAUGGCUGAGAAAUGCCCAAAGUCAAAACUAAAAAGAAAGAAAUUGUCUAUCGAGGAGCCCCUAACUGAUAUAUUUUUCAGGAACACGCUGAUAAAGAACAACGAAAGUUCCAGUGCGUCGAUUAAAAGCUUGCGUUCAACGAGACCUGUGGUCCCUACAGAGACGUGGUGGUCCAGAGGUGACCUGGCUGCAGUUGAGAGUCUCUGGGCCCUGACUCUGAGUUCUGCUCUUCCCUGUCUUGACGCUCACCCCUGGGACCCAGUCCCUGACCUUCCAACAGCUUCCACACUGAGCUCUAAUGUAGACCAGCAGAUUGAAUGGAGAUGGUGUAGCCUCAGUGAGGACAUGACUCCCUUGCCCUCCUCUCCUCCUCUCCUCUGAGUACUCCCACGGCCCCACACUGUUCCACCCCAGACUCUCCUCUCAGUCCUUCUCCUGGGCUGGAAAAGACUCUCCUCCCAGUCCCAGUACCGACUAGUCAGACAACAUCCACCAUCAAUGGCCCUCCUUCGAAGUCUGCUCCCUGUCUCGAGGGGCCCGGAGAGGGGACCAGUAGUAGUGGUACUGGCCGCCCCAGACCACCAAGUCUGGGAGCCCAAGUGCCUUCUAGCUACGGAAGGGGAGGCCCAUGGAGUGGAGGGGGAGUGUCAUCCAGAAAGGACACAAAACAAGGGGAAGGAGGGCAAAACACGGCAGCGGCCAGACCCCAGCCUACAGCCAGGCGACCAGGAGGAGAGAAGGAGAGUCACCCCUCUACUUCUCAGCUAUUCAUCAGAGCAGGGAACGGAGAAUCAUCAUUACCAUCAGAAGCAAGAAAGGGUGGAGGAGGAGGAGAGGAGGGCGAGAAGAGGGGGAUGAAGAGGCUGCAGCUACCUGCAAACCAGGUGGAUGCCACGUCCUCUACCUCUGACAGCUUCACUGCUGCUCCCAUGGAGGAGGCGGAGGGGGAGAAAAGGGAGGAAGGGUUGUCUGGGAUGGGCAGAGCUGAUUGGGUUGCUGGCAAAGGAGGAGGAGGAAGGGCAAUGCAGAGCUGCCCCAUGUGCCUGGUGCCGUUUCCAGCUGGGUUCACUCAGAUGGACUGUGACAGCCACCUGGCCAAGUGUCUGUCGGAGAUGACCCUCGACAUGACCUGGUGAUAGUCCACAGAGUCUUCUUCUGACACCAAGGAUGGAUGGAGGUCUGGAAGGACAGCCAGGUGGCUGUUGUACCACAUUUGGGUCGUGCACAAAACAGAAGAAAAUGGACUGAAUUGGGGAGGUGCUAUCGGAAAUGCUUGUUUUUGCCAUCCGUCACAAAACAUUUUGCUACAGUGUGCUCUAAUGAGGAGUUAGUUUCACUCCACUCACCCUGUUGUUUGGCUAGUUGGUCGUUUUGAUUCAAACUCCAGUGGUAUCUAUCCCCCUGUGAUGGACGGUGGGUCCAAACAACGGUAAAAUACAGUAUGUGAUUCGACUGAUCAUCUAGUCUUCAGUCAUGGGUUUAAUUUGUAGAAUCUUGUGUUACUGUUGGCUGGAGCAAAAAACCCGCCUUUACCCUUUGUAAGAUUUACUGACUUACUGUCCCACCUCCGCCCCUUCCCACCAACCUAUCAUCAUGCACUACAAGGUUGGAAUCAUAGAGAUGGAUAGAGGGCACACCUGCCACUAAGCAUUUAUGAGGUGUACCACUUCUCAUCGCUAUGGUUGGGAACAAUCUCUGAUGGGUCCCAUAUUGCUUCAUUCAGAUACACAUUUUGUUCUCUCCUCCGCUCCUAACUGCAUAUGCUGCCAUAGAAAUAGAAUGAAUAGAACGGGCGUCCCCAUUCAAGUCAACAAACGUAUAAUGGGUGGACUGGUGGCCAAAGCGAGGAGAAAAGUAGGAAGUGUACCCUGUAGAAGUAGUUGCCAUGGCGCCCUGGUAGCCUAAGCAGAGAGCUCCUGUAAAUACUGCCUUCAGAAAGUCUUCACACCUCUUUACCUUUUCCACAUUUUGUGUUACAGCCUGAAUUUAAAAUGGAUUCAAUUGACAUAUGUCGUCACUGGCCUACACUCAACACCCCAUAAUGUCACAAUACCCCAUAACUGGAAUUCUGUUUGUUUAUUUUAUUUGACAAAUUAAUGAAAAUCUGAAAUGUCUUCAGUCAAUAAUUAUUCAACCCCUUUGUUAUGGCAAGCCUAAAUAAGUUCAAGAGUAAAAAUGUGCUUAACAAGUAACUUAACUUGCAUGGACUCACUUUGUGUGCAAAAAAGUGUUUAAUUAGAUUUUUAAAUGACGACCCCAUCUCUGUACCCCACACACACAAAUCAAAUUAAACACUUAUCUGUCAGGUCCCUCAGUCAAGCAGUGAAUUUCAAACACAGAUUCAACCACAAGGACCAGGGAGGAUUUCCAAUACCUCGCAAAGAAGGACACCUAUCGGUCGAUGGAUAAAAGCAGAUAUUGAAUAUCCCUUUGAGCAUGGUGAAGUUAUUACACUGAACAAAAAUAUAAAGGCAACAUUUUUAAAGAUUUUACUGAGUUUCAGUUCAUAUAAGGAAAUCAGUCAAUUCAAAUAAAUAAAUUAGGCCCUAAUCUAUGGAAUUCACAUUACUGGGAAUAUAGAUAUGCAUACAGUGCAUUUAGAAAGUAUUCAGACCCCUUGACUUUUUCCACAUUAAGUUAUAGCCAUAUUCUAAAAUGGUUUAAAUGUUUUCUUUUUCCAUCAGUCUUCACACAAUACCCCAUAAUGACAAAGCAAAAACAGGUUUAGAAAUUUUUGCAAAUAUUACAAAUAAAAACGGAUCAUAUUUACAUAACUAUUCAGACCCUUUACUCAGCACUUUGUUGAAGCACCUUUGGCAGCAAUUACAGCCUCGAGUCUUAGGUGUGAUGCUACAAUCUUGGCACACCUGUAUUUGGGGAGUUUCUCCCAUUCUCUGCAGAUACUCUCAAGCUCUGUCAGGUUGGAUUGGGAGCAUCGCUGCACAGCUAAUUUUAGGUCUCUCGAGAGAUGUUCGAUCGGGUUCAAGUCCGGGCUCUGGCUGGGCCACUUGAGGACAUUCAGAGACUUGUGCCGAAGCCACUCCUGAGUUGUCUUGGCUAUGUGCUUACAGUAGUUGUCCUUUUGGAAGCUGAACCUUCGCCCCAGUCCUGAGCGCUCCGGAACAGGUUUUCAUCAAGGAUUUCAAUGUAGUUUGCUCUGUUCAUCUUUCCCUCGAUCCUGAAACAGGAUGCACCUGAGCUCAAUUUCGAGUCUCAUAGCAAAGGGCCUGAAUACCUAUGUAAAUAAGGUAUGUUUCUUAUUUUCUACAAAAAAUUCUAAAAACAUUUUUGCUUUGUCAUUAUGGGGUAUUGUGUGUAGAUUGCUGAGAAAAAAUGGUUAUCUAAUCCAUGUUAGAAUAAUUCUUUAACGUAACAAAAAUGUGAAAAAGUCAAGGGGUCUGAUUAAUUUCCCUAAUACACUGUGUGUUGGCCACAAAUACCUUAUAAAAAAAAAAGGCAGGGGCGUGGAUCAGAAAACCAGUCAGUAUCUGGUGUGACCAUCAUUUGCUUCUUGCUGUGCGACAUCUUCACAUAGAGUUGAUCAGGCUGUUGAUUGUAGCCUGUGGAAUGUUGUCCCACUCCUCUUCAACGGCUGUGCGAAGUUGCUGGAUAUUGGCGGGAACUGGAACAUGCCGUCGUACACGUUGAUCCAGAGCAUCCCAAACAUUCUCAAUGGGUAACAUGUUUGGUUAGUAUGCAGAACAUGGAAAAACUGUUCACAACAUUGAUAUCAGCAAACCGUUCGCCCGCACGAUGCUAUACACGCUGUCUGCCAUCUGUCCAGUACAGUUGAAACCAGGAUUCAUCAAUGACGAGCACACUUCUCCAGCGUGCCAGUGUCCAUCGAAAGUGAGCAUUUGCCCAUUGAAGUCCGUUAUGUUGAACUACAGUCAGAUCAAAACACUGGUGAGGACUGGGAGCACACAGAUGAGCUUCCCUGAGACUAUCUGUGCAGAAAUUAUUUGGUUGUGCAAACCCAGUUUCAUCAGCUGUCCGGGUGGCUGGUCUCAGACAAUCCUGCAGAUGAAGCCAGAGGUGGAGGUCCUGGGCUAGCGUGGUUGCACGUGGUCUGCGGUUGUCAGGGUGGUUGGAUGUACUGCCAAAUUCUCUGAAACGACACUGUGGUAGAGAAAUGAACAUUAAAUUCUCUGGUAACAGUUCUGGUGGACAUUCCAGCAGUCAGCAUGCCAAUUGUACGCUCCCUCAACUUCAGACAUCUGUGGCAUUAUGUUGUGAUACACAACUGCACAUUUCAGAGUAGCAUUUUAUUGUCCCCAGCACAAGGUGCACCUGUGUAAUGAUCAUGCUGUUUAAUCAGCUUCUUGAUAUGCCACACCUGUCAGGUGGAUUGAUUAUCUUGGCAAAGGAGAAAUGCUCACUAACAGGGAUAGAAAGACAUUUUUGACAAACGUUUAAGCAUUUUGUGUGUAUGGAAAAUAUCUGGGAUUUUUUAUUUCAGUUCAUGAUACAUGUGACCAAUAUAUUGCAUGUUGCGUUUAUUUUUGUUCGAUAUAAUUACACUUUGGGUGGUGUUUCAAUACACCCAGUCACUACAAAGAUACAGGUGUCCUUCCUAUCUCAGUUGCCGGCGAGGAAGAAAACCGCUCCGGGAUUUCACCAUGAAGCCAACGGUGACUUUACAACAGUUUCAGAGUUUAAUAGCUGUGAUAGUUUUCUCCUGAAGUUGGAUCAACAACAUUGUAGUUACUCCGCAAUGCCAACCUAAUUGACAGAGUGAGAAGACGGAAGACUGUUACAGCAUUUAAAAAAAUCCAAAACAUGCAUCCUGUUUGCAAAAAGGCACUAAAGUAAUGCUGCAAAAAAUGUGACAAAUCAAUUCACAAUUCACUUUUUGUCCUGAAUACAAAGUGCAAAUCCAAUGCAACACAUUACUGAAUACCACUCUCCAUAUUUUCAUGCAUAGAGUUUUUCAGGAUAAAAAUAUACGGAAUGGAGCUAAGCACAUGUAAAAUCGUAGAGGAAAACCUGGUUGUCUUCUUUCCAACACACUGGGAGAUGAAUUCACCUUUCAGCAAGACAAUAACCUAAAACACAAGGCCAACUCUUCACGGGAGUUGCUUACCAAGAAAACAGUGAAUGUUCCUGAGUGGCCUAGUUAUAGGUUUUGUUUUUGCCAGGCAUAAAUGGGACCCGUCCAAAAAGUUGACUCAAGUUUGCCAGAAAGCACCUGGAUGAUCAUCACGACUCCUGGAAGAAUGUUCUAUGGACAGAUGAUUCAAAAGUAUCACUUUUUGGAUGAGAUGGGUCCCAUUAUGCCUGGCUAAAACCAAACACUGCAUUCCACAGUAAGAACCUCAUACAAACGGUCAAGCAAAGGGGUGGUAGUGUGAUGGUUUGGGGAUGCUUUGCUGCCUCAGGACCUGAACGACCUGCCAUGAAUUCUGCUUUGUAUCAGAGAAUGUCAGGGCAUCUGUCUGUGAGCUGAAGUUGAAGCGCAGCUGUGUCAUGCAGCAAGACAAUGAUCAAAAACAAACAAUUAAGUCUAUGAAAAUAGCUAAAAAGCAACAUAUGAAGUUUUGGAAUGGCUUAGUCGAAGUCCAGACCUAAUCACAAUUCAGAUGUGACUUGAACCGAGCAUACUUGAAAACCCACAAAUGUAGCUGAGUUAAAGCAGUUUUGCAUGGAAGAGUGGGCCAAAAUUCCUCCACAGCGACGUGAGAGACUGAUCAACAACUACAGGAGUGUUUGGUUGGAGUCUUUGCAGCUGUAGGUGGCACAAACAGUUAGUGUAUGGGGCAAUGACUUUUUCACACAGGGGCAUUGGGUGUUGCAUAACUGUUUAUGAAAUAAGUAUGUAAUUGUUCACUCAGGUUCCCUUGAGCUAAUAUUAGGUUUUGGUUGAAGAUCUGAUAAUUCAGUGUAAAAAUAUGCACAAGUAGAGAAAAGGGGGCAAAUAGUUUUUCACAGCACUAUAAAAAUUAGAUUUCUGCAGUUCAUUUUCAAUUAAUGUGCAAACAUUCCUAAAUCAACCAUUUAUCGGAUCAUCACGAACUUCAAGGAGAGCGGUUCAAUUGUUGUGAAGAAGGCUUCAGGGCGCCCAAGAAAGUCCAGCAAGUGCCAGGACCAUCUCCUAAAGGUGAUUCAGCUGCGGGAUCGGGGCACCACCAGUACAGAGCUUGCUCAGGAAUGACAGGCAGGUGUGAGUGCAUCUGCACGCACAGUGAGGUGAAGACUUUUGGAGGGUGGCCUAGUGUAAAGUAGGGCAGCAAGAAGCCACUUCUCUCCAGGAAAUACAUCAAGGACAGACUGAUAUUCUGCAAAAGGUACAGGGAUUGGAGUGCUGAGGACUGGGGUAAAAUAAUUUUCUCUAAUGAAUCCCCUUUCCGAUUGUUUGGGGCAUCCGGAAAAAAGCUUGUCCGGAGAAGACAAGGUGAGCGCUACCAUCAGUUCUGUGUCAUGCCAACAGUAAAGCAUCCUGAGACCAUUCAUGUGUGGGGUUGCUUCUCAGCCAAGGAAGUGGGCUCACAAUUUUGCCUAAGAACACAGCCAUGAAUAAAGAAUGGUACCAACACAUCCUCUGAGAGCAACUUCUCAAAACCAUCCAGGAACAGUUUGGUGACAAACAAUGCCUUUUCCUGCAUGAUGGAGCACCUCGCCAUAAGGCAAAGGUGAUAACGAAGUGGCUCGGGGAACAAAACAUCGAUAUUUUGGGUCCAUGGCCAGGAAACUCCCCAGACCUUAAUCCCAUUGAGAACUUGUGGUCAAUCCUCAAGAGGCGGGUGGACAAACAAAACCCCACAAAUUCUGACAACCUCCAAGCAUUGAUUGUGCAGGAAUGGGCUGCCAUCAGUCAGGAUGUGGCCCAUAAGUUAAUUGACAGCAUGCCAGGGCAGAUUGCAGAGGUCUUGAAAAAGAAGGGUCAACACUGCAAACACUGACUCUUUGCAUCAACUUCAUGUAAUUGUCAAUAAAAGCCUUUGACACUUAUGAAA